GAACGUUCCGAACGCAAAAGUUUGAAGCUAAAAAGUUUUGAAAACUAAAGUGAAAAAUAAAAAAAUUUGAGAAAAAAACUUAAGAGAAAAACUCAAAAAUACCUUUCAAAUCAAAAGGAACCCAUUAAAAACAUUAGAAAGGAUUCUAAAUAUUUUAAGAAAAAAAAUUUGUUAAGUCCCAAUGAACAAAUAAUGGCAUUUGAACAAAAUAAGUGAACUUUGAUGAACAUGAACGAUCGAUUCUGGACAAACAGUUUGAAUCAAAUACAGUUUGGAACUAAAUUGCAAGUGAAUCAAAAAUAUUGUUGACUUAGAAAUCAAGAGAAAAUAAUUUUGGAUAUAGAAAAUUCAAUUUAAAGUCUUGAAAAUAAAUAUUAAUAAACAUUUUACUGCUAAUAAAAAAUAAACAAAAAAAUAAAUAAAAAAUAAUUAAAACUAAAACGGACACACUCAAAACCACAAAAUUGCUCUUCACACGUUGGAAUCGAGUGCAAGGAUAAUACCCUCAAGAUAUUGUUCAACGAAAAACCUAACGGAAUAACAAAAAAACUUACUUUGGAUAUACAAAAAAUCUCAAGUCGUACAUUUUGAAAUCAAUUAAAGGAUAUCACAUCAAGGCUUAAUACAAAAAGUAAAAAACCUUCUCGGCAAAGCCUAAAAGAAGUAACAAAUCAAAAAUUAGAAACAAAAAAGAAUGCAAAAUAUAAAAUUUUAAUUUUGUUUCCCAACAAAUUUACCAUAAAUUUGAUAAGUCGUAUAAUUAAAAAAAAAAUUAAAAUUAAAUUAAAAUGUUAUGCAGUGUAAGAAACCCUAAAUUAUGUUAAUAUUUAGGACUAGCAAAAUUAAUUGAAAAGAUUCAAAAUAUACGAUUAAGUAGAAUCCAAGCAUUGCAUAGAACUUCACAGAAAUGGCAAUAAACUUUUCCGCAUCAUUUGCGGCUUGUAUUGCUGCUGGACUUAAAGUGCCUCGGCAGAUAAUGUAUUGUAUAACGCAAGACACAGGACAGCCCUACGUGCUGUACAAAGACUCACAGGAUGCAGAACGCAACGCUGCUGCACUGGGCGGCACAGCAGCGCAAUGGGGUACUGAAAUGUAUCCCGGCAUACAGCAACAAGCACAGACGCAUUUGAGUGCACAGAAUGCGCAAAAUACUGCGCCUCAAAUAACUUCCGCAGCGCAGGCAGCUGCGGGUGCAGGUCAACCACAGAGCCCAACUGGCGAUCCUAACGUACGAGAAAAUGGCGGUGAUGGUGUACGUCAUCAAGGUUCACCAUCAACGAGUCCAUACCCACAGCAGUCACAACAACAGCGCGCAAAUGGUAACAACGGACACGACGACGAAACUGGUAUGAAUCAGCAUUCAUUUAAGGUUGCCGGUCUACAAGGUGGUAAUCCGCAACAAAAUUCAGCGCAACAACCAAACCCAAACCAAAGUAACAAUGAUCCCCAACAACAGCAUCAGCCUACGGGUAAUGAUGCGAGUGCGGCAGGGAAUCCACAACAUGUACAGCAAAAUGGUGGUCAACCACAGCCAAAUGAUCCAACAAAUGGUUAUCAAGCUCCGCAAGCUGGUGAAUUAGGCAGUUAUUAUGCCCCAAGGCAUCCAGCACCACAAGGUGCUAUGCUAGCACCACCUCCUGGCUUUCCUCCACUACAUUAUCUCAACAAGCCCGUUUUAACUGGUAUGUCAGGUCCGAUGGAUCAAAAUGGCGGCCUUGAAGCUUAUUCCAUGCCCGAGCUGUUACCUGGUCAACAAAAUGGCACCGCACAACAAAACGGCAAUCACACUAGUAACGGUAGUGGUGGACGCCAUCCUACAAACUCCCCUGCUACACAUAAGUCGGCCAAGCCGCAUAGCGAUUUGCGCCUCUUUAAAUGUCUUACCUGCGGCAAAGACUUUAAACAGAAAAGCACAUUGCUGCAACAUGAUCGCAUUCAUACCGAUGCUCGACCUUUUCCGUGUUCGGAAUGCGGUAAACGUUUUCGCCAGCAGUCGCACUUAACGCAACAUUUGCGCAUACAUGCUAAUGAGAAACCAUUCACCUGCGGAUAUUGUUCCCGUGGCUUCCGUCAACGAGCGAUACUCAAUCAGCACAUACGCAUCCAUUCGGAACCUGAUGCUCGACCUUUUCCGUGCUCGGAAUGUGGUAAACGUUUUCGCCAGCAAAUGCAUCUAACGCAACACUUACGCAUACAUACCAACGAAAAACCAUACACUUGUGGGUAUUGCUCCCGUGGUUUCCGUCAACGAGCGAAUCUAGAUCAACACAUACGCAUCCACUCGGGUGAGAAACCUUACGAAUGCCCGCAGUGCGGCAAACACUUCCGUCAGAAGACCAUCCUCAACCAGCACGUGCGCACCCAUCAAGAACCAGAUGCUCGCCCCUUUCCGUGCACAGAAUGUGGUAAACGUUUCCGACAGCAAACUCAUCUUACUCAACAUUUACGUAUACACACCAACGAGAAACCAUUCACUUGUGGAUAUUGUUCACGUAGCUUCCGUCAACGAGCGAACUUAGAUCAACAUGUUCGAAUCCAUUCGGGUGAGAAGCCUUACGAAUGCCCACAGUGCGGCAAGCACUUUCGCCAGAAGGCCAUCCUCAAUCAACAUGUGCGCACCCACCAAGAUGUGUCACCACAUCUUAUAUUUAAGAAUGGACCUCAUCCGACGUUAUGGCCACAGGAUGUUCCAUUUCCCGGUGAUGAGACUGAAUCUAAGAAUGACAUUUCUGCCGGUGGAUAUCAUGAUGAAGAUUCGCAAAAUACACCAGAUGGCAGCGGUGGUAUUCAUUAUCCAGCAUAUUUCAAGGAUGGCAAAGGACAAAAGAUAUUGCCAGAUGUACUUCAACAUAUUGGUGUCCGUCCGGCAAAUAUGCCUCUUUAUGUGCGUUGUCCUAUUUGCGACAAAGAAUUUAAACAGAAAACAACUUUACUACAACAUGGUUGUAUACACAUCGAAUCGCGUCCAUAUCCAUGCCCAGAAUGCGGUAAACGUUUCCGUCAGCAAUCACACUUGACACAGCAUUUGCGAAUACACACCAAUGAGAAGCCGUUUGGUUGUAUGUAUUGUCCUCGUUUCUUCCGGCAACGCACCAUUUUAAACCAGCACUUGCGAAUUCAUACUGGCGAGAAACCCUACAAAUGCGGACAAUGCGGCAAAGAUUUCAGACAAAAGGCCAUACUGGAUCAGCAUACAAGAACCCACCAGGUAGGUGAUCGGCCAUUCUGUUGCCCCAUGCCAAAUUGUCGACGUCGUUUUGCUACCGAAAAUGAGGUAACUAAACACAUUGACAACCACAUGAAUCCAAAUGCUACGAAAGCUAGACGCAACACCACAAAUAAUAACACAAACAAUCACGCAGCAGUGGCCGCAGCAUCAGCAGCCGCAGCAGCGGCAGCCAACCAUUUAAUGAACGAAACUAAAAACGCUGCCGUAGCACAACAAUUUCUAAAUAACAAUAAUCCAGCCGCACCCGGCGAUAAGUCAUUAAUACCACGUUCCAUGGCAGGCGCCAACAAUGGAGGACAACAAUCGGUUGUUAAAAAUGAAUUAUACUUCCCACAAUGUUAUGGCCCGGCUUUCCCACAAACUUUCCAGCCACAAGGUCAACCAACCGCGGCACAUGCGCAACCACCAGUUACUGUCACAUUAGCCAAUUCGGCUCCAGGAGUAGUUGUGCCAACAUCUGUGGUGGCACAGUGACAUCCCUCAACCGCAGCAACUGUGGUGGUACCCGUAACAUCGGCAGCUGCUUCAUUGCCAACACAUCAACAACAACAGUCACAACAACAGCCACAAGCUCAUAGCCAACAUACAGCUCCCCCUCAAACAGUUACACUCUCCAUAACUUUACCACCAGUAGCCGCUCUACCUCCAAAUGCGGCAGCACCAUCAGCAGCCGCACAUCAUCCCACACAUCAUCCACCACAUAGCAGCGCACCCGUUUGUGGUCCACCUCCACCACAUGCGCAUCACACAACUGCAGCACCGCCGCCUCCGCCACCACCACCUACAUUAUCACAUGCAAUUCCUAUACAUCCUCAUAUUCACUCGAUAUUCGGAUCUCUAUGAUGACAUCAAGCAGCCUAAGUAUAAUUUUUUUUAUAAAGUUAUUUAAUAAAAUUAUAAAAAAAAUGACUAAAAUAAAAAUACAUAAAAAUGUGUAACCAUUUAUCUGAACAUAUAUCCACGUUAGGAAACUCUUUCUAAAUUCUUUUCCUACGGGUAUAUGUCAAAUAGAUAUAUUAAAAAUAAAAUGCUUCAGAGUAUUAAAAGUAUUUUUUUAACACAAAU